CUAGAUAAAGGAAUGUUGAUUACUGUAAUGAUUCCAACCAGGAUGAUAAUAUGCUAUAGGUAUGUGGAGGUAGUAUCUAUCCAUGGCAAAAAUAUAUUAACCAUGUUCGUGAAGAAACCUUUCACGCCUUUUUUGCCAUUUUUGUUCGCUGUGUUAGUUAUCCUGGUACAAAACAUCCCUGAAGGAACUAGUAGCGCUAUCAGUAAUGCAGCAGUAGUUGAGUCAGAUUCAGGCCAAUCCCUUGAAGGUUCCUUAGAUAUUUCUACCGGUUCAUCAGAGACCUCAACCACUGCUGAAGAUCCUAACUGUAUUGAAGAAGAUAUUGAAACUUCUGAUGGUGAUUCUGACACAACACCUGAACUGGAACCUUCUGGUCACGUUGCAGGAGGUGCAGAUGUAUCUAUCGGGGUUUCAGAAUCAGGAGCAUUAUCUGAGACUAGUAGUCCAGGCUCAUCAUUUGAUGGGUCUGGAUCUCUGAUUGGUUCAAGUGGAGAUGAUAGUGACAAUGUGACAGAAUUAUCAGAAGAGCCAGUAUCAAAGGAAACAUCUGUUGUGAUUAAAGAUUCUUCCGGAGAAACUACCGAAAGUAGUAGUUCGCUAUCUUCACCUGGAGACGAUAGUGGAAAUGCGAUAGGAUCAGUCUCAGGGGGCACAUCAAACAGUGGUAGUGAAAUCACUGGUGACUCCGGAUUAUCCGGAGGCGACUCUCCAAAUAUUGAUGGUUUUAUUGGAACUGCUGAUGGUUCAUCUGAUAUCAGUGAUAUUCGGGAAGGCAUAACAAGUGAUACUGGAGGAAGCAUCACACGUGAUGCUGAAGGUAGCAUAACAGGUAAUGCUGGAGGCAGCAUAACAGGUGAUGCUGGAGGAAGCAUAACAGGUAAUGCUGGAGGAAGCAUAACAGGUAAUGCUGGAGGAAGCAUAACAGGUAAUGCUGGAGGAAGCAUAACAGGUAAUACUGGAGAGAGUAUAAACGGAGAUAUUGGUGGUGGUGAUGGUGGAAGUAGCCCAACAAAUCUGGAUUUGGAAGGAUUAAUCGAGAGUAUCAUUGAGAGUCCAAUUGGGACAAGUGAAGCUGAUGGUUCAAAUGGAUCAACCGGAAACUCUGGUAGUGGAAUCUGGAACAUUCUGACUGGAAAUGCUGGUGGGACUAUCACAGGACAAUCUGCUGUUGGUAGCAAUAGCUCCAGUAGCACAGCACUCCAAGAUAUUGUUAGCGAAAUUGGACGCAUCAUUGCCAGUUACAGUGGUACAGGUUUUAGUAAUUUAACGAAUGAAAAUAUACCGAUCAUCAUUGAUAGUAUCAUCAAAGGUUUUCUUGAAGGAUCUUUAGAUUUUGGAGGUGGAAUCACUGGUGAUGGAAGUGCUAACACUUCGCUUGAAGUGAAUUCAGUAUCGGAUCUGAUCACAAUUCUUCAAAAAUACGACCUCAUAACAUUCCUGAGGAAAAUAGCACAAUAUCUAGGACAAUGGCAGAUCACUAUAAAUGACACCAAAUAUGGGAUUCUGAACAUGAUGACAAUGCCGCAGGAGAAACUCUAUGGACUUAUCCAGUAUCUGAUAUUUCAAAUUAAAUACUUCAUCGACUCCAUUAUCCAAUCAAUUUUGGGCCAUAAUAUUAUAAGCGACACGAUAAUGGGAUUCGGGAACAAGACCUUGGACUGCGUCGUGAGUUCUGCAGUAGAUCUUCCGGCCGUGGUUGGAAACGAGUUGGUGGAAUGCGUAACAGGUAGAGUCAAUGAAGUCAUCCAGUUGGUAUCCGAUGCUGCUUUAGAGAUCAGAAGUUCUCUCAUCCUGCUGAGGCAUGUCGUCGACAGUAUCGUGGGUUGUCCAGGAUCUUUCUGCAUGGGCCAAUCGACAGCCACAGCAUUGUUUGAUGGAACCAAUUUGAUAGUCAAUAUCAUUGGAACCAUCAUACACUUUGCAUCAUUCGCAUCGACCCUAGCUGUACAAUUACCAGGAUGUUUUGUUGGUUCUGUUACCAUAACACCUGGCCAAGAAAUUGCUUCAACGCUUGGACGGUUUGGAAUGUGCAUGAUUUCUUGAUGUGAAAAAGUUUGGGAAUACCACAGUCCCUUGAGGAAAUUGAAAUAAACUAUUU